ACGACUUUACGUCAAAAUCAUCUGGGCGUUUGAUUGUUAGAUAUUGUGGUUAAGGUUAUCUAUAAUAUCCAAUUAUUUAAUUUAACUAACUGUUAAUUAAGAGAACAUGUUAAGGAUAUUGAUAGGAAGCAGAAAUUGCAAUACCAUAUAUCAACGAUGUUGUUCAACUAUAAAAAAAAAUAUUGAAGUCCAGCCUGAAAGUUCCAGUAUUUAUGAAACUGUAUUUUCAUUUCCUUUCAUCAAAUAUGUUGCAUUAUUUAACAGGCUUAAAGUAUAUCACUUAACGGGAACAUCAAUAGCUAUACCUGGUUGUGGUCUAAUGGAAAUAAUGGAUGUACUACCACCUGGGGCACUAUAUACAGCAGCUUAUAUUGGAAUCACUGGAACAGCAGUUCUUUCACUAGCUAGUUUACCAUUCAAGAACAUCAUUGGAUAUUUAUAUAUAAGAGUAGAUAAUCAGAAACUCAAAAUAUCUUCAGUGGACUUCUGGGGCAAGAGAAAAGAUAGAAUAGUGAAAAUAGACGAUUGGUGUCCAUUACUUGAUAUUCGGCCAAAAACAAUGGAUGCUUUAUAUCUAACACCACAAUUAUCUGAUGGAACGCAAUACAAAUUGUUUCUAAAGUUUGGUAAUGUUUUAAAUGCUAAAAGAAUAGGUGAAGUGUUAGAAUAACAUAUUCAGUAAAAUAAAACUACAGAGUCAUACUGUUACCAAUCUACUUCUUAAACAUACAGUAGUAUUGAGAACCACAUCUUAUAAAUAGGUGAAUUUAGAUUAAAUACACUGUUAAAACAAUUUGCAAGUGACUUUUUAUCUUUAAUUUUAAAACAAUUCUCAUUCAUGUGUACCUAACAUAGUGAAUAAAAUCAUUAUUCAAUGCUAAAGGGUAGACAGCUUACCAUGAAUUAAACGAAAAUAACACAAGCCAAUGAUUUUUGGCAGUCAAAGUAAAUAAAAAUUGAUUUCAACUCGAGAGAUGAAGCAUAGAUUAUUAUCAAGCAGAAAAGCAACAACUUAUGAUGAAACAUAAUUAUUUAUCAAACCUGAAGGCAAUAUCUGACCCAACUAUGGUUAACAAUAACAUACAAUCAUAAAAUUUAUAAUAAUUAUUUAGUUGGUAUAUACAAAUUUAUAAAAUCACUUACAUGUAAUUCAUUUCCUAACCCAAACAUUUUAGUCAGCCAACCAAAGAAGUAUAUUGAAAUUAUUGUACAACAUUUUAACAGUUAUCUAAGCCAGAAAAGUUUGAUUUCUUGAACAUUUAAAUAAUUCAUAACAAUAAAACAACUAUUUGGUAAAAUGUUAGCAAAUUAAGAUUGAACAUGAACUUUAAAUCAAUGUCAUUAAUAAUCAGUUUCCACUGUUUGAUAAAGUAGCCAAAGAUUGGCUUAGCAUUAUGACAGAUUUUUUUCCAUUUGCCUAUAUUUAGUUGCCAGUAGUAAAACGGAUACAUUUAUAGGAAUUAAGCUGUACUAAUAUUCAAUUUAAAAUCAUACUGACUUGAAAAUGCAGAGAAACAAUAAGCAAAUACAUGUAUAACAUGUAAUAAAUCACCAUAUCAUUUGUCUUAA